AUGUCACCCAGACCAUUCUACCCCCCAUGGGUAGAAAUGAUCAUGAAUACUGUUCGUUAUGGACCACAACUUAUGGAUGAUCAGUGCACCACAGCACAUAACCUGGUCACGGAAUUCAUGGAUAUAUUUGCACUAUCAACUAGAGAAGUGAAGCAGGUCAAUUUUGUCAAGUUCCAGUUGUCCAUACCACCAGACACAGUCUUCUCCAAGAAGAUCUACCAGCACCCCCUAACACAACCACAACGAGAAUACCUGUUCCCAGUUCUUGAUGAGAUGAGGAAAGCAGGAAUCAUGUGGUUCAUACCAGCAGAUGAAGUAAAGGCAGUGGCAUCUACAGUGCUUGUGCAAAAGACCCAC